AUGGCCGAAGCUUCUCCCAGGACCUGGAGAGGAUGUGAUUCUGCUGGAGAAGAGGAAGCAGCCAGGGGAGCUAAAGCAAGCUGGCAAGGCUCUGCAAGAGAAGAAUGGAGGGUUCUCGGAGCCGGGAAGUCACUGCCCCCCAGCCUGCAGCUGGGCCACAACUUGAACCCGCAGCCGGAAGAGGAGAGAGCCGAAGCAGGCCCGUCCCUAAGGGCACAGAUGGAGGAUCAGUUUCUGCACUUGACCAUCAGAAAACAGGUGUCCUACAGGUAAGGGCUUCCUCCGGUCAAGUCGCCAAGGGGGCUGGUUUUAG